UGUUGUCUUUGUUCGUUUAGUUCUCUCUGUUCUGCAAAACACACUCAUUAUCUCUCUUUCUCUCUCUACCCGUGAAACUCUAAACUCUCACGCCAAACCGAACCAAACCAAUUCACUCUCUGCCUCGCCAAUGUCGCUAUUUUCAUUCACCUUUAUCUUCUUCUUCGCCUUCUUAUUCUGUAACCUUUGUUUUCUCAACGCCGUUACUGAGUUCGACUUUGGAACCUUAACUUUGAGCAGCCUAAAGCUUCUCGGCGACGCUCACUUGAACAACGGCACCGUGAGCCUCACGCGCGACCUCGCCGUUCCCACUUCCGGCGCCGGCAGGGCUCUUUACUCUCGCCCCGUCAGAUUCCGGCAACCCGGAAACCGCUUUCCGGCGAGCUUCAGCACCUUCUUUUCCUUCUCCGUCGCCAAUCUCAACCCUUCCUCCAUCGGCGGAGGCCUCGCCUUCGUCCUCUCGCCAGACGACGACGCCCUCGGCGACGGCGGGGGGUUGCUCGGCCUCGGAGGCGUCGACGGCGGCGGAUUCAUCGCCGUGGAGUUCGACACUUUGAUGGACGUGGAGUUUAAGGACAUUAAUGGGAACCAUGUUGGUGUGGACUUAAACAGCGUCGUUUCGAGUGAGGUUGGGGAUUUGGGUAACUUUGGGAUCGAUCUGAAGAGUGGUGAUUUGGUUAACGCAUGGAUCGAGUUCGAUGGAUCCAGCAAAGGGUUGAACGUGUGGGUUUCUUAUUCUAAUCUGAAACCGAAAGAUCCAAUUUUGUCGAUGAAUGUUGAUGUGGAUCAGUAUCUGAAUGAUUUUAUGUAUGUGGGGUUCUCUGGUUCAACGCAGGGUAGCACAGAGAUUCAUAGAAUAGAGUGGUGGAGUUUUAGUUCUUCUUUUGAGUCUGGUUCUUCGCCGGCGGCGCCGCCGCCACCUGCGGUGAGCUUGAUGAACCCAACGGCGAAUUCGGUGAAAUCUGUGCCUCCAUCUUUGGCUCCUUCUUCUGCUUCUGCUACUUCGAAUGGUGAAGAAAAAGAGAGUAAAUCGUCUUGUCAUAAUGGGUUGUGUAAGCAAAAUUUGGGAGCAGUUGCUGGGGUUGUAACUGCUGGGGCUUUUGUUUUGGCUCUUUUUGCUGGUGUAUUGAUUUGGUUUUACUCUAAGAAGGUUAAGCGUGUGAAUAAAUUUGAUUCACUUGGAUCAGAAAUCAUCAAAAUGCCGAAGCAGUUUAGCUACAAGGAGUUGAAGUGUGCUACCAAGUGUUUCAAUGCAAAUAGGAUCAUUGGUCAUGGUGCUUUUGGGACUGUGUAUAAGGGAAUUUUGCCUGAGAAUGGGGACAUUGUGGCGGUGAAGAGGUGUAGUCAUAGUAGUCAGGGAAAGAAUGAGUUUUUGUCUGAGUUGUCUAUAAUUGGGAGCCUGAGGCAUAGGAAUCUUGUUCGGCUUCAAGGGUGGUGUCAUGAGAAUGGUGAAAUUUUGUUGGUGUAUGACUUGAUGCCUAAUGGGAGUUUGGAUAAGGCUUUGUUUGAGGCUAGAACGCCUCUUCCGUGGGAUCACAGACGCAAGAUUUUGUUAGGUGUGGCAUCUGCAUUGGCCUACUUGCAUCAAGAGUGUGAGAAUCAGGUGAUACAUAGAGACAUUAAGACUAGUAACAUAAUGUUGGAUGAACGGUUCAAUGCCCGGUUGGGUGAUUUUGGUUUGGCAAGGCAAACUGAGCAUGACAAGUCGCCGGAUGCCACGGUGGCUGCCGGAACGAUGGGGUACCUUGCACCUGAGUAUCUCCUUACGGGUAAAGCUACAGAGAAAACUGAUGUAUUCAGUUAUGGUGCUGUGGUUCUUGAGGUGGCUAGUGGUAGAAGACCAAUAGAGAAAGAUGCCACUGGGGGUGGUAAAGCUGGGAUUAGCAGCAAUUUGGUGGAAUGGGUUUGGAGUUUGCACCGGGAAGGGAGAUUGCUAAUGGCUGCUGAUCCAAGGCUUGAGGGUGUGUUUGAUGAGGAGGAGAUGAGGAGGUUGCUCUUGGUUGGGCUAGCUUGCUCUCACCCUGAUCCAUUGGCUAGACCUACUAUGAGGUGUGUGGUUCAGAUGCUUGUAGGUGAGGCUGAAGUGCCUAUUGUCCCUAGAACCAAGCCAACUACGGGUUUUAGUACUUCACACUCUCACCUCUUAUUGAGCUUGCAAGAUAGUGUAUCUGACUGUGAUGGUAUAAUCACCAUCUCUACAUCCUCAUCAGAGGACAGCUUCAAUCUUGGAGAUAUACUCUGAUAGAAAUCUUUGGCUGAGAUCAGGCCAUUUUUAAUUAUUGACUCAAAUAGUGUAAAUAGAGAGGGAUAUGUAUUCAUUUGUUCAUGUAUGUAAAUGACAAUAACAUGCAUUUAGGGCCUUGAGAAAGAAAUUUUGGGGUUUAUGUAAGCCUCUAGUGCUCUCAUGGCAGUGUUGUACACAUUUUGGCAUAAAUUAAUUGGAGGGUCAUCUCAUGAUGCGAAGCAAUGCAAGAUUUUGCUGUGAAAUGUUGAAGACAAUGUACGGAAGGGUAUGGUAUUUUAGAUAGAUCAUUGUUCUAGUUCUAAUUGGUGCCCAAUUAUGUAGGGCAAGUUUGAAUUAAGCCAUUGAUGCUAAACAAGCUUUCUUUGGACAUUUUAAGUUACCAUGGUAUAAUAAAGAUCUAA